AUGAGUAAACAUCUCGUUGUAGACAAUGGAUCAUAUAAUAUCAAGGCUGGAUUUCAGGGUGCUGAACCUUUAAAGGUGCAUAACAUCAUAAGUAAGACAAAAGACGGGGCUAUAUAUAUUGGAAAUGAAUACUUGAAGCAAACGAAUAAUUACUCAGGAAUCAUAUUCAGGCGUCCUUAUGACCAGGGCCACUUAGUAUCAUGGGAAACUGAAAAACCCGUGUGGGAUUACAUGUUCGACAAGUUCGAAUUUGAUGCAUCUGAGACGCACUUGACCCUUACGGAGACGCCGUUUCAGCUUCCACAAUUGUCAAUUAAUACCGAUCUGAUCGUUUUUGAAGAAUACGGCUUCAGUGAGUACUACAGAUGUAUACCUGCAUCCUUGGUUCCUUGGCUGGGUUCAGACAAGAGCGACUAUAUGCUAGUCAUAGACUCUGGGUUUUAUGCGACUUGGAUUAUUCCUGUUAUAUAUCAAAAAGUUUACUGGAAAGGUGUCAAGAAGCUUCCCAUUGGAGGGAAGCUCUUGAAUGGUUUGUUGAGAGAGUUGAUAUCUUUCAGGCACUAUGACAUAGCGGAUGAACCAAUACUUAUCAAUACGAUAAAGGAGAAGACGUGCUUCGUUGCACAAGACUUCAACAGUGCUUUAAGAAAAAGAAAUAACUACAUGACAGAGUUCAUUUUACCUGAUUUUAAGACGACUACCACCGGAUACGUAAAAACCGAUUCCUCAAAAGUCCCACCAGAUGCACAAUCUUUGAGGUUACUCGACGAACGGUUUACUGUUCCUGAAUCCUUUUAUCAUCCAGAAAUAAUUUUUGACAACAAUUCCACGAAUUCAAGUUUAUUACAGUCUACACCAAUGAAAAAUUUGGUGGAUUUGGCAGUUGAGUCUAUAAUGAGUUGCCCGGAAGUCGUAAGACCUUUACUCUCAAGUAAUAUAAGCGUAGUUGGCGGUACAGCGUGUCUUCCAAAUUUUGAAUCGAGAUUGCUAAGCGAAUUGCGAAGGGAACUACCGCUGGAUUGGUGUGUCAAAUCCAUCAGCACUGAUAUACCUAAGGAUGAGGCGGCCUGGAAUGGUGGUUUAAACUUGUCAUCUGAUGAAGUUAUAGAAAAAGUCAGUAUUACAAAGCAGGAUUACUUUGAACAUGGAGCAAACUGGUGUCAAAAGCAAUUUGGAUUUAAAAAUUUAUAG